AUGGCGACGACGAUGGUGGCGAAUUUUGUAAUUGAGCGGGCGAUGAACGGUAGCAGAAAUUCAACGGGUCGACACCCGACGAACCAUUCAAAGACCAACGAGAAUGCUGCGGCGACGGUGAUUGCGAACCUUGUAUUCGAGGACAGCAAGUCAAUCAGGACAUCAACCAUCAUUUUGGCCGCAUUCAAUGCACUAGCUGCUUUCAGCACUGCCGCCAUGAUUCUAUACGAUUGCUAUUUGGCUUCGAAACGAUACAAUCCAAAGUUUAGAGCAUCGAAAUUUUUCAUAUCGUCGCUUCAUCCAGCAGAAACCUUCCCUCUAAUCCUUUCUAUAGGGAUUAUUAUUCAAGCCAUUGUCUUUGCCAGCAUACAAGGGACGGGUCUUGCGGCCUUGACCACAAAGGGAUGUGGAGAAAAAGCACAAGUUCUUUGGCCUGCGUUUUUCAUUGUGCCUUACAUACAGGUAGUUUUCGGACUCGAAUGCGCGAUACGGUCAUUACGAGCUUUGCCAUUCCAGGCGAGAGGGAAAAACGAUGUGACAAUAUGCUGUGGGGUGAUUAUACUGAUGUUGAUUGCGACCUGGAUUCCCUCUCACAUUUACCCCGAACACAACACUUGCGUGGCAACAUUAUUGUGGUAUAUAUCGAGAUAUGGGGAACUGGGCACGAUUCUGUUAUCUGUUAGUGAUGGCCUGAUGCUGGUCGGUGCUCUUACGAUAUUUAUCAGACUGACUACUGUCAACUUGAUCGACCAACAUCAGCGAGUGGCAGCCUCGCGGAUGGUCUACCAUCUUGGGUUGGGGAUCGUCUCAAUAGCAUUGGUAAUUCCAUACUUUGCUUCCCAGGCGGUAGGGCAUGGAAACUUGAAGCUAUCUAUGAUGGCAACAGUUGUCAUCAACUUAUCCGGCCUGCUCAGUGGACUUCUUCAAAUGUUCCUCAGAACCAACGCUACAACGAUGUCCUUUGGACCAAAGGGCGGCAGAUUAUGGGGCCAUGGAAAGCAUGAGAUGAGGAUUUGGGGACCAAAUGAGUUGGCAUUUAACCAACAGCUGGUUGCUCCCGUAUCCCAACCUCAGACACCAGGCCCGAUGGACAAUAGAUCGGAGAGUACGAUACCCCUGACGAGCGCCGAGAAAGGUCGGGCCAUUAGUAUGGAAUCUCUCAAAAGUCCACCCUCUCGGUCGUCAACUAGGCAUAUCCCAUCGCCAUCGGAUUCUGUCAUGGAGAUGAAUAUCGUACCAAACCCCUCAGGGUCCCUUGAAAUCGCUGUAGCUGAGCCAGCAACGCGAACUUACAGGCCAUCAUAUUCCUUAUUUCCCCCUCGAGUAGCCAGCCCCGAUCCAGUAGCGCAAUCAGGUACUCGGACAGAGCCCACAUCAAAGUUCUCGAUAGAAAGGGGGUCAACUUACGAUAUCGGUGGCUUAGAACCUCCACCACCGGUUCAUUCCAUAGUUGGAGGGAAAGGCCAUCGUCGAGACUCAUCAAUAGUGUCAUCAGCAACCGUCCAGAUUGGGUUGCGUAUUUCAAAUGCUCUCGCGCCACCGCAAGACAUCCCCCCCUCCCCUCUCCCCCUACCUUCAACAACAUACCACGGAAGUGCGCCGUCACGUGCUUCUCACCUUGUACCGAGACCACUAAAUGUCUCUUCAACUCUGCCCCAACCAGAAACGCCGAGGAUAUCGAGUCCUUUACGAUUCAUGAGAAGCCUCAGUCCUCUGGACACAAGCGUCGGUUCUCUUGAGCAUACACCUAGCCAAGGGAGACUCUCGAGUAAAACGCUCCCACCGACUCCCAAGGAGUCGGGAUUCAAGACUACCAACCAACGUAUAGAUACCAACUCAACGAUUCAGUUGAGUCCUACCGUCUACUCGCCACAGAAGAAAACCACAGCAUCUCCCACACUGCGAUCCGCAACAUCACCCAAGCGGAACCCCCUCCGGACUUCGCCUGUGGAGACUCAGGGCGAGGAUCUUCCUCGUCAGCUUGGACCAGGGAGUAAGGCGGCUUGGAUUUAG